AUGUGCUCCCUGACCAGCCUUACUCUCGACGGCUGCGCUGCGUGGACGCUGCCCAAGGAUUUCGGGCAGCUGUCGAAUCUGUUGCGGCUGAAGCUGUCCUGCGAGCGACUGACUGCCCUGCCCAGAUCGUUCGGGCAGCUGGGGAAGCUACAGGAGCUGAGGCUCCAUGCCUGCUACGGGCUAGUCCAGCUGCCCGCGUCUUUUGCAAAUAUCUCUUCACUUGAAACCCUAGCCAUCUACGGGGCAACGUUGCUCACCUCCCUGCCGCCCUGCUUCAAGCAGCUCCCGCAGCUACGACUCGUGGAGAUGAUAAAUUGCGCCAUACCGAGACUGCCAGAUAGGAUCGGGCAGCUGCCGAAGCUGGAGGUUUUCAAGGUGGGAAGCACAGAAUCUUUCACGAGAAAUGACGCGGAGCCAGGGCAGCCCGCGUGGCCACCUCCCUCGGCGCUCACAGUGACCAUGCAGGAUGAAUCUGCCUCAAUGUUCAAGCUGAUGGACGAGCCGCUCCUAUUGGACCAGCUGGAUGAAAUGCUCUUGGGGCGCUGCCUGCUGCACUGCUUCCCAAUGUCCUUCACCCAGCUCACCAGCCUGCAGCAGCUAGUGAUGGACGGGUGUGACGCGCUGGAGGGCCUGCCUUUUGGGUUGGGCUACAUGGCUGGGCUGCAAGUGCUGCAAAUCAAAAACUGCCCGCAGCUGCGCUGCUUUAUGUCCCUCCUGCCCGCCCCUCCUCCUACUUCCACCUCCGCACGUCCAGCCCCUCCGCUCCCAAUGCUUCACAGCUUGGAAAUCUCCAUCUGCCCGACACGCUACCUGCCAGACUCAUUCCUCACCCUCUCGCGCCUCACCCAUCUCAACCUGCACCAGUUCAACUCUCUCCAGGCGCUAUUUGCGCCUCGCCCGCAUAGCGCCCAGGCUGCAACUAGCCUUGGAGAGCUGGACCCGGGCACGGAAGGCAAUCAGGUUUACGGUUUCCCGGUUGAUCCCCUACCUGGUCAACCAGCCAGAUUGGCGCUCCUCUCGUCUCUGCAGCACCUGGCUAUCGUGAAAUCGCGCCUGCCGUUGCUGCCGAGUAACCGCAGUGACCUCCGAAGCCUCAAAGUGCUCAUUCUUGAGAGGUGCAUUUGCAUGCCCUCCCUCCCCGACUCCUUACCUCACCUCUCCAACCUCGAAAAACUCGAUAUGAGCACCCUUCCUAGGCUAGCACGCCUGCCCAAGAAUCCCGGGCAGCUGAAGUCCCUGAAAGAGCUCACUGUGGAGGCGUGCAAUGUGCUGGUGGGGCUGCCAGCGUCCAUCGGUCUCUUCCGCCUGCGCCGCCUGCCAGAGUCCAUCUCUCGCCUCCCCGCCCUCGUGAUUCUCUCACUGGAAGAUUGUGAGGAGCUGCGGGCGCUGCCGGAAGGGCUGGCUGGUGUGGGGACUUUAAGGGAGGUGAUCGUGGGAGGGUGCGGCGGGCUCAAGCACGUGCCGCAGUCGCUGCUGGAUAGGCAGCAUGUGAUCGACCUGCAGGGCAUUAACUGA